UGAGUGCAUCACUGGAAACGUGGAAGUGCGCAGGAGCCGCGCAGGGAAAUCGAAGGGAAAGAAAAAAAACGAGGAUCUAACCAGCCAAAAAGAGCAAUGUGUUGAAUCUCCACGGCUGAACCAUGAGAAUCCAGUCGACAUUUGUCUGAGCGAGGAGGGUGGCGGGGGGUGAAACGGUGCCCUGAAAAAGAGCCUGGCCAUCAGCGUCGAUGCGCGCAGCCAAAAAUGACGACAGUGGGACAGUGAUUUUCUUCCUCCGGCUCGGCAUUUUUUUACAGUCAUAUGCUCGGAUGCAAUUCGUCUCCUAUGUGUACAGCUCGCAGAGGAAAGACUGGAAACCGAAUCUCCUCCGACGCUGCAGCCGCAAGUGCGCACAGAGACGUUUCCUGCUGGAUUCCUCCUAAUUACGCAGAGACACUGGUGCUUUUUACGGGCCGCCGAGGGGAUUGUGAACUUUCGCACGAGAACUUACUCUGCGAGCACAUUUUUUCCGAGCAGGUCGAUGCAGCCCCCCCCAAAAAAAACCUUCACGGGCGAUGAGUAAUCCACGACGCAGCAACUGAUACAAACCUGUGAAAACCUUGGACUGCGACUGGCGCGUGUUGGAUACCUUAUCCCGUGCGUCUCGUGUUUUUUUUUUUUGUUUGUUUUUUUUUUUAGUUUUUUUUUUUUUCUUCCUUUUUUCAUAUGGCUUCUACCAUCGGGGUUCGUAAACUACUCGUCCGUUCUUGACAUUUCAUGGCUGUAGAGUGUGGAAACGGUGGUGUGUGGCGAAACAGGACGAUGCAAGACUAACUGGGAACGAAGACAGCGCACUUUUAUCGCCUUAUAUCCCCCCCAAAAAAACAACAACACAGGAGACAUUGCGCACGGGCAUCUGACGACUGCAGCAACUACAAACCCAGACUUUUCUUUCUUUCUUUCUUUCCUUCUUUCUUUCUUUCUCUUUUCUCCCAUCAUUGAAUCCUUUGUUGUUUGUUUUUUUUCCUCCCUUCGCUGCUGUCAUCGUAGUAUGUCUGCACUUCGAAAGAAAUUUGGGGACGAUUAUCAGGUAGUUACCACCUCAUCUAGCGGGUCUGGAUUCAACCAGCCUCCCCCGGAGAAAAAGAAGAAGAGGCAGCGGUUCGUGGACAAGAACGGGCGAUGUAACGUCCAGCAUGGGAACCUGGGUGGUGAGACCAGCAGAUACCUCUCAGACUUAUUCACAACACUCGUGGAUUUGAAAUGGCGCUGGAAUCUGUUCAUCUUCAUCCUCACCUACACGGUGGCUUGGCUCUUCAUGGCGUCUAUGUGGUGGUUCAUCGCGUACAUCAGGGGAGACCUCAACAAGGCGCACAACGACAAGUACACUCCGUGUGUGGCCAACGUCUAUAACUUUCCCUCAGCCUUCCUCUUCUUCAUAGAGACCGAGGCCACUAUAGGAUAUGGCUACAGAUACAUCACAGACAAGUGCCCCGAGGGGAUCAUUCUCUUUCUUUUCCAGUCGAUCCUCGGAUCGAUCGUCGAUGCCUUUCUGAUCGGCUGCAUGUUCAUCAAGAUGUCUCAGCCCAAGAAGAGGGCCGAGACUCUGAUGUUCAGUGAACACGCGGCGAUUUCCAUGCGAGAUGGGAAACUAACUCUCAUGUUCAGGGUCGGCAACCUGCGUAACAGCCAUAUGGUCUCCGCACAGAUCCGCUGCAAAUUGCUCAAAUCUCGCCAGACGCCCGAAGGCGAGUUUCUUCCGCUGGAUCAGUUGGAGUUGGACGUGGGUUUCAGCACCGGGGCAGACCAGCUCUUUCUCGUCUCGCCACUCACGAUCUGCCAUGUGAUUGACACCAAAAGCCCCUUCUACGACCUCUCCCAGAGGUCCAUGCAAACAGAGCAGUUUGAAAUCGUGGUGAUACUAGAAGGGAUAGUAGAGACCACAGGUAUGACCUGCCAAGCGAGGACGUCAUACACCGAGGACGAGGUUCUGUGGGGACACCGCUUCUUCCCGGUCAUCUCCUUGGAGGAGGGCUUCUUCAAGGUGGACUACUCCCAGUUCCACGCCACAUUCGAGGUGCCCACCACUCCAUACAGCGUGAAGGAGCAAGAGGAGGCUCUCCUCCUCUCCUCGCCCCUCAUGGCUCCUUCCCUGUGCAACAGCGGGGAGAAGAACAGCUCUUUGGACUGCCUGGAGACCCUGGAGGACAAUGACAGCACCACCAAGCUGCCCACCAAGCUCCAGAAGAUCACAGGGCGGGAAGGCCUGCCCAAGAAGCUACUAAGGAUGAGCUCCACCACUUCGGAGAUGACUUACAGCUUCGGAGACCUGCCCAUGAAGCUGCAGCGAAUCAGCUCUGUUCCCGGUGUCUCUGAUGAUAAGCAGGCCGGUAAGGCCUCCAAGAUCAACACAGAGCCCAUGAGUAAGUCAGUGGCAGACUUACCUCCCAAGCUGCAGCGACUGGCUGGGGGUGGAGGGGGCAGGAUGGACGGACACCUGCCGCCCAAACUCCGAAAGAUGAAUUCAGAUCGCUUUACAUAAAGCAGGCUACAUAUUUUAACUUACGCCACCCACCUUUAUUUCCCUCCCCGAAGUCCUUGUACUAUUCCUAAUUUAUUAAUGGACAAUAUUCUUAUAUUUAAAGAAAUGUAGAAUAUGUGCACAAAUACCUUAUAUAAAGUAGGGUGAUGGAAUUGAGCACAUUUGUCCCUGGAUGUAAGUGUACAUGCUAUGACGGAAGACCUCUGAUAUUUUUUUUUUUUUUAGGAUGAUGAUGUACAAUUAGAACAAUCCGGCAUGUAAGAAACAGCGCAUGUAGAACAGAAUCUCAAUAAUUUCCGGCAUGACAUUUAUUGAUAUAUUAUUUUACAAAAACAAUUUCAUUAGUGGAUUUACUGACAGUGGAAAAAUUGCACAAAGCCAUAUGAUUUACCACGUGGAAAACCAACAUUACAUGGUUCUAAGUUGUGGUGACGAAAGGCACAUACAUUUGUUUUGAGUUGAUUGCUUUUGUUGUUUAAUGUAAAAUUGUGGCAAAUGUUAUGUUGAUUGCAUGCUCCUCUUAUUGACUUAGCUAUACAAAGGUAAUAGACAAAGAUGUUUAGCCUUAAAUAUAUUACCUUGUUUCCAUUCUCAUUGUUUGUUCACAGCUGGAUUUUUGGUAUUUCAUAUAUAGACUAUUUUACCAUGUGCGAUUUUAUGACUUUAUUAGUUGAUCAAAUACAGAAUAUGUUGCUCGCUGAUGCGUUUCACGUUUGAAAAUCCGUCACGGGCAUCAUAUGACCCACCUGAACUGGGCACAACGCUCCGCAAUUUUAACUUUGCUUAUUGAAGUAACACUUAAGUUGAAAGAGUCGAUACUUGUACUUGAUAAGCACAAUCAUUAUAUACUAAGGCAGUGAUUAUUAGAAAGCAUUUAUGGGCAUUUUGUCAUUAAUUGACUGCUUAGAGCAGUAGUUCAGUACUGUGCAAUCACUUUAUUUCAUUCUAUAACAGAAUCAACUUAAUCUGCAGUAGGCCUGUGUGGUCGUACAAAAACACUCCAUUAGAAGUUUCAACUUAGGUGUUACUGGUUAGAUUUAGAGGUGGUCCUGUAAGGAAACCAUAACCUUUGUCUUAAGGGCCCAUAAUCUCCCUCCUCUGUGAUGAAAGCAAUAAUAUUAUAAUGACUAUAAUCUUUAUAUAGCCACAGGGUCUACCACAGCCCCACAUUCAUUCUGUUUACAGAAUCCAUGCCAUGAAAUCUGGUUUUCUCUAAAUGCAUCAAAGACAUUGUAUGAUACCCAAUCUCUUCAGGAAUAAAGAUCUAACAUAAGUGUU